UCGUUUGAUAAUUUUAGGCGCGAAGCUAUGUUUAUUGUCAUUGAAGAAGCGACUGAAUCAUCGUGAUCCGCAUGUUGUGCUACUGGCACUUUCGCUACUUGAUUCACUGUGGAGUAAUUGCGGACUUACAUUUAGGCGUGAAGUUUCGUCACGUGAAUUCUCACAGGAAUUAAGCUGCAAAGCUACACAUCAUGAACCGUCGUUGGGUUUGAUUGAAACACUGUACAAGAAUUUGGUCGCUGAUGGGCAAUCUUUUGAACCGGAUAAUCCACCAAAAUCUAGGUCCGUCAGCACGGAUCCAAAUGCUGUGCAGAGCGCCGAAGAGGAGGAAGCACUAAUGCUGGCAAUUGCAAAAUCAUUGCAGGAAACAUCGGUUCGAAACAACAAUCCUCCUGCAUCCAGUCUUUAUCCAUCAACUGCAUCGACCGGACCAACUAAUGUCGCUUCAGUUCUAGCCAGACCAGUACCAAAACCGGAACGUGAAGUACGAGCGCUAUACGAUUUUGAAGCUGCCGAAGACAAUGAACUA